AUGGCUUCUCAAGCCAAACUUGUUGUGGCUUGCCUGAUCCUAUCCUUGGCCUUAAUCCAAAUCUCUGAGGCGACUGGUGGUCCCAUAGCUACCUACUGGGGUGUGGGAGAAGGACAUCUAGGGGAUCUCUGUAAAAAAAAACACUAUUCUUACAUAAACGUAGCCUAUGUUAAGAGUUUUGGCGGUGGCAAAGUUCUUUCCCCUAUCUGCGAGGGGACCAGUUGCAUCCGUUUGGGUGAAGACAUAAAGGCUUGUCAGCAAAUUGGCAUUAAGGUCCUCAUCUCUCUUGGAGGACCUUUUGAUACGUAUUCUCUGAUAUCCGAGACCGAUGCCCAAGCGGUUGCGAAGCAAUUAUGGAAUUCCUAUAUUGAUGAAGUUAACUUUGACGGCAUAGAUUUUCGCAUAGAGAAUGGCUCCGCACUAUAUUAUGAAUAUCUUGCACAGACCUUGAAGGAUUUUGCCACAGCAAAUAAAAAAGAAAUCAUUUUAUCAGCAUUCCCUGGGUGUGUUUAUCCUGAUAGAUAUCUUGCAAGAGCCAUUCAUGCAAGUUACUUUGACAUUAUCUGGAUUCAGUACUUCAACAAUAGUGCAUGCCAGUAUGAUUCCACUGUCCAAACUCCUGAUGAUCUGCUUUUGAUAUCUUGGACGGCAUGGAAUUUGACGGUUCACGACAAGACGAAGCUGUUUCUGGGGAUACCGGCGACCCCAAUUAUUCCCGGGUACAUCCCAUGUGAACAGCUGAUCAAUACAGUUAUUCCGAAUAUAUCAGCGAACAACUCAAAGUAUGCAGGUGUGUUGGUAUGGAACAGUACUUAUGAUCUGCAAACAAAAUACAGUUCCUGUCUCAAUGGGAUAGCCUAUGAAUGA